GGAGCUGAACGCUUUUUCCAUUUGGUCUCGUGGCAAAGGCAGAGAUCACACCAGCAGCUCCACACAGUAUGAUGUGCUCACUAGUGCCCUCUGAACAGUCUUCUGGUACCUCUCUCUUGCCUAAAGACAAUGACCCAUUUUCUUGGGAUUCCUUGGAUGAGGAUGGAUUGGAUGACUCCUUGCUGGAGCUGUCCAUUGGAAAAGAUGAUGGCCCUUUCAUUUUCAUGGAGGAAGAGAUUCAGGAGCUCUUGAAGGAUGAUGACCUGUCAAAUGAGCACUUUUCUUGGGGAGGAGGCUUGUCUAACGAUGACAGCAGGAAUGUUGGGAAGGGAGGGAAAGGGAGUCAAAUUCCACUUGAUACUCCCCAAGAGAAAAAUUCAUUGUACAGCUUGGGACCAGAAGCUGAGACCUCUGGCCUCUUCAAACUACCUCAACUAAAUACAUCAGUUGGUCAUGGACCAACUCCUACUAAACCAUUGAACAGACGCUUUGCACUAGAAAAGAAUCUUAUAAAAGUUACAGUUGCACCAUUUGAUCCAACAGUUUGUGAUGUUGCACUUGAUAAGGACAAGAUUGAUACAUCCGAAGUUACUGAAAAACCCUCCUCCCUUGGAGAAGAGAUGAGAGAAGAUGGUCUUAGCCUAAAUGAGAGCACAGUUUUCACAGAAUCUGAAUGGAUCAGCCCCAAUACUUCUGCCUAUGAUGGGCCCCUACUCCCUUCUUCAAACAGUAAGUUUCAACAAACUGUCUCUGAUAAAAAUAUGUCUAACAGUAAGAAACCUACACCUGUAACCUCUCAGAUACUGAACCAUUCAGAGACUCCUUCUAAUACGGGAUCAUCCUGGAGAAAUGGAUCACAUAAAUCAAGUUUUGAGAUGAGGUUUCCAGUUGUUUCCAGUUCAUCAAACAAAGAUGUUCUUGACAAGGAUUCUGGGAAUCUGAAGUUCCAUGAAAAAAGACUAGGCAAAGUCAUUCCUGUUCUGCAAACCAAAACAAGGACUAAUAUUCUGACGUUUUCACCAUCAGAUCUAGAAAAGCAGAAGCAAAGUUAUCUCAGGAAUGUCAUUGCUCAUAUAGAAGACCCAGUGGACUCUAACCAAUGUACCUUGGGGGAGCUGUGUGCCUUGAUGGAUCACAUUUAUCACAUGCAGAACCCAAAAUGGUAGCAUCCUUCGGACCUCACCAGGUGAAACUACGCCCGGUUCCAACAGAAAUCUCUGCAAAGAUACAGUCUGACUCAGUGGGUUGAUGGGAACAUGCGAAGCCACCAUCGGUUCCAGCGUCUACCAGAUUUCCUGUACAGUCCAUUUGUCUCCUCCCAUCAGCAGUGA